UUCAACUCUUUCAUUUUACUUGUAUUAAUAGUUAGUCAUCCAUAUCAAUACUGGCUAAAAUUCUACACUAGUAAAAUUAUAAGAAAAAACAAUGAACUAAAUGGGAUUAGAAUCGCCAUAUACUGGAGACAUCAUUAUUUUUUUAUUUUUCUUUUUUCGACAUUUUUCCAGCACACCGUUCAAAAGAUAGGUGAAUUGCACAGGACUCUAAGUAGUUUUUGAGGUACAAUUCAAAAUAUCCUAAAAAUCAUUCAAACUAUUUGUGGUCUCACCUAGACGAAUUUAUAAGCGUGUAAUAUGAAUUUAAACGUUAAUUAUUAAUUCGGAUGAUUCCCUUACUAGUGUUAAUUAUUUUCUAUGAAAUAUGUUUUUUGUUUUCUAGCUGGUGAACCAGGUGAUGUUGUUCAAUUUGCAGAAUAUGUUGGUAAAAAUAUUCAAUUAUAUAAAAUGAUCAAUGGUAUUGAAUUAUCUCCAUAUGCAUGUGCUAAUUUUACUCGUCAUGAAAUGGCAACAUCACUUCGUUCACGAAAUUCAUUUUUAGCUAAUCUUAUUAUUGGAGGUUAUUCAACAAAUGAACGUGAUCAACAACGUGUACAACUAUAUUCAAUAGAUUAUUUAGGCGCUAUGAUUUCAGCUAAUGUUGUUGCUCAUGGUUUUUGUCAAUUUUUUGCUUUGGGUAUUGGUGAUCGUUUAUGGAAAGAAGAUUUAGAUGUUCAAGAAGCAUUAGCUAUGUUACAAAUUAUGGUUAAUGAACUUGGUAAACGUAUGGCAGCUUAUCCACAUUGUGUAUUCGUACGAAUGAUUGAUUCAAAAGGUAUACAUGUACUUGAUAAUAUGUAUCCAGAAAAAAUUCAUGUUGCAAAACCAUCUGAAGGCGAAUUACAAACAAGUGCCGAUAUGAUGGACAUUCAUACAUAG